CUAGCCACCAUAGCAGUUCAUUGCGCUAGUAAAUUCCUUGCUCUUUCCUCAAAGAAGGAUUGCUUGAGAAUACAUUGCAUAAACAUGAAGAAGAUGGUCAUUAACACCCUCGCAUGCAUUGCACUCUCGGCUAUGUCAUUUUUCCUUGCCUCUGCCUCCGAUCCUAGUCCUCUUCAGGACUUUUGUGUGACUGUUAAUGACACAAAGACCACUGUGUUUGUUAAUGGGAAAGUCUGCAAGGAUCCAAAGGUUGCGACAGCCAAUGAUUUCUUCUUUUCAGGGCUUCGGGUUCCUGGAAAUACCUCAAACAAACUUGGGUCAAUGGUCACACCGGCAAAUGUGGCUCAGAUACCCGGACUCAACACCCUUGGCAUUUCACUAGCUCGUGUUGAUUAUGCCCCAUAUGGUCUCAAUCCUCCCCACACCCACCCCCGUGCCACAGAGAUACUGACCGUCCUGGAGGGAACACUUUAUGUAGGCUUCGUGACCUCUAAUCCUGACAACCGCCUCAUCUCCAAGGUCCUUUACAAAGGAGAUGUUUUCGUCUUCCCAGAGGGUCUCAUUCACUUCCAGCUCAAUGUGGGAAAAACAAAAGCAGUCGCCAUUGCUGCAUUGAGUAGCCAGAACCCUGGCGUGAUCACCAUUGCCAAUGCGGUAUUUGGCUCAAAGCCAGCAAUUUCAACUGAUGUUCUUACAAAGGCCUUCCAAGUGGACAAGAAGGUGGUUGACUAUCUUCAAUCUCAGUUCUAGACUGACAACCGCACCAACUAGAAUGACUCACCUAUUCACAUCUUUCUAUUCAUAAGAUUAGAUAUCACUUAUAUGUAUUCAUUGCUGAAAUGUGUGACAAUCAUUUAUUUUCAUAUCCUAAUAAAAUGAAGGUGUUUUUCAUAUACA